AAAUUUCCCUUCCACCCACCUUCACAAACCUGGAAUAUUAAUCAAUGAGUGAUUUAAGUGACAGUAAUAACCAAGCAUAUCGACGUCGUUCCAUCAUUUGUAGAACCCAAACAUUAAACCAUCAAGCCGAGAAACGGGAAAAUAAAAAAAAACAGAAAUUUAGUGUCUUUUUUAAAUAUAAAAUUUCCCUUAAAUGUAAUCUCCUUACAAAAGCAGAGAAGUGAAAGUGUUUCAGAAAAUACAAAAUUCUUGCCACUGAAGGAUUAUUUAUUCCCCAUUUCAACAACGUUAGACGUCAACAAAAGCUUCAGUUAACAUUACUGUGCUUGAAGAACAUCAUCGUUGAGUAAGGAUGGAACCUGUGCAGGACUUUAGUCGUCUCCGGGUCACUGACUCUCCCCAAGAGGGAUCCAAAGCAAACCCAGUUACUUCGGGAACCUUGUAUUCCCCAGUUGGCCAAUUACAGUCUCGAGGAGCACCUCACAGACCACAGAAUAACCUCCACAGACCUCCACCUCCGAAUUAUCCCUCAUCGGAUUCACUCUUGAAUACAGUAGACAUGGCUAGAGAGAUUAGCAGAGCACGCACAGAAUCCUACAAUAGCCAGGGUUAUAGGAAAUCCCGUCCACCCCCGAAGUACCAUGAGGCUGUCAGUGGUCUUCAUCGCUUCAAUAACUACAAUCCGGAGUCUAAUCUGCAAAAGUUUGCUUCGGAAACAUCGCUGUUGAGAGGCGUUGGUACAGAGGAUAAGUAUCCUGGGAGGGAGCAGGAAGGUCACAGAGGUCGUAGUUACUCCAACGCUGCCUGUAUUAGUCGUCCUCUUGAUAUCCCAGGAAGGACUCGAACUCACGAUCACAACUUUGAUUCCUCCAUGACGACACCUUCUUUUUCGCAUUUGAAUUCCACGUUUCAAGAGCAACAUUCUCAUAAAGGCGUCAGGACGACAGAGGCGAACUCUGUUAUAGUUCAACAGAAGCCACAGAUAAUGCAACGGUCUCGUUACAGAGAAGACUCGACACAGGAGCCACGAACAAGUCUCCUUCCUUCUCUUCCUAUCCCUAUCAAAAACAACUUUCGAUCAAAAAGUCCAAGCAUUGACUGCAUUGUUUCUGAAGCUGGCGGCGCCACCUCCUGCAAAUUCUUUACUUCCAAGAGCCCAAGUGUUGACACUUGUUUAAACCGCAUAUCGAACCCAGGCGAUGCUAACAUUCCUCAUGUUAGCUGGCGUGAAGAAGACGUCCGAAGGUCCAACUGUCUCACCGUUCACAGCGCCAAACACUUCCGAAGCAAAAGCCCGAGUCUAGAUGCUGGCGUCUUCCUCGAGGCCGUUCGCGGGGGAAGCAACAUUGAAUUUCCAGGAAACAAGCCUUUUUCUCAACGGCCUCUUGUAAAUGCCACAUUUUCAGAGCUCAGAGUUGAUUCAAUGGGCCAAACUGUUGUGGGUCGAGGUGGAGACAACAAUACGUUAGUCACGCCAUUACCCACAGGUCUAGAACGCCGCUCCAGCGCCCAAAGUUUACCUGAUCUUUCAGGGCCUGCACUCGACGACCUUUGCCCUAUUACUGGACCCUCUACAGCAUGUAAUUCUCGGCCAUUUAGUCCCCCAACAUACACUCAGGUUCCUUACUCUGCCUCCCACCAGCACCAGCCGCCACACCUUCAGGAAUAUACCAGAAAAAUAUCUUCCUCCUCACAGCUGCCUGAGACCACAGAUUCUGAGAGAUACAGAACCCGACCCUCUCUGCAGUCGCCUCCGAACAGUAACAUCAAGAGCGAGCAGGACUCGCCACCGCCGCCAUACCCACGCCACAGGACGUUAGGGGAUUCAGCCAAAGGACAGCUACCCGGACUGGAGCGGGUCAUACCCUCCCUAGAGAGAGUCCUAACCUCCCUGGAGCGAGGCCUACCAUCCAUGGAAACCCGAACAGUAGCUGGAAGCUCCAACCUGGUGGUGAGCCGUCUGAAUGACAACACAGGAGGUCGCAGGAUGCACCUGGAGGAGUACAGCAACAGCCACGCGGGGUCUCCAGAGCCCUUGAUACCCUCAGAGCUGACCUCAUGUGACCUGGGGGGCCUCAUCAGUCCCCUCGGAGACACCUCUCAUGCUGGGUCUCCACUGGGUCCCCCGUCAGCUUUCUCCCCUCCCACCAUCAGCGUGGAGGCCCCGCACGAGACAGGGAGCUCCACGUCCCAGCUCUCCACGGCUAUGACGGCCCUCGGGGAGCUGCAUGGAGACCUUUACCUAGCGGGGGAUGAGUGGCCACCCUCCUUGGAGAAUCUCCUAACGGCUCUACCCGGUGGCUCAUCUCUUCCUGAGUUAGUUGUCACCGAUCCCCGGCCUCCAGACACACCGAUAUUCUCCAGUCCAAUGCCUCCUUCUCAACCUUCCACAGACCUCCUUGACUUGCCCUCCGGCGAGGGUUUGGAGUUGUACCUCGGCAGUAGGUGCUCAGCUUCUCCUAUGAGUGUCUCCCCCGGCGGAUCAUCACUGCCCUCUCCGUUUACCUCCAACCGCGGCUCCUUCAGUUCCACCCGACGGAACAAACGGCCCUACUCCACCUCCCCCAUGAACGUGGAUGGCGUCGACCUUAACACCAUCAUUAGGUCUUCACCAAAUUGUCUCAGCGGCGGGUCCCCCACUACCAGUAUUCCGCAACUCUCGUGUUCCCCGUCAGGAGGAAGCUACGGUCACCUCAUCCCUCGCCCUGAGGCUAACAAUAACCAGCCACCGCGAGCCAACCUCUCCUUCCAGACACUUGUUAACGACGACGAAGUCAUCAAGAACAACAACAACAACUCACAGGUAAACAGCCUUCACUACUACAAAGUUGAGCCUAAAUGUGAGCCAGACGACCAGCGGACGUCGUCUCCAUUCCAUGACCACCACAAGCAUCAGCAGCAGCAGCAGUCAUCGCCGCCAUACCACGACCACCAAGACAUCGAGGAUGGUCGUCCGUGCAGCCCUCUUGAAGACGACGGUCCGCGCUACUGCCGUUGGGUGGAUUGCAAUGUGCUCUUCGCGUCCCGAGAGACGCUCUCCCGACACAUCGAGAAAGCCCACAUCGACCAGAGGAAAGGUGACGACUUCACAUGCUUCUGGGCGGCGUGUCAGCGGCGGUACCGGCCCUUCAACGCCCGCUACAAGCUUCUCAUCCACAUGAGAGUUCAUUCUGGCGAGAAACCCAACAAGUGUACGUUCAAAGGGUGCACUAAGGCAUUUUCGCGACUGGAAAACCUGAAGAUCCACCUACGAAGUCACACUGGAGAGAGACCUUAUAUCUGCGUUUACCCACAUUGCAUGAAGGCCUUCUCUAACUCCUCUGACAGAGCCAAACACCAGCGGACACACGUUGAUGCUAAACCAUACGUGUGCUCGGUACCCGGGUGUAAGAAGAGAUAUACUGACCCAUCAUCCCUCAGAAAACACGUCAAAAAUCACUCGGCCAAAGAGCAGGCGCUUGCUAAGAGGAAGAUGAGAGCCCCAGAGGAGGAUUUUCGUGGGUCGUCCCCAAACUGCCUAGUUGGCCUACCUCUUGAGACCGACACUCCUCUGAUGGAUCACGAUGCUCUACAGUACAGCGACAGUGUCGUCCCCGAGUGUGGGUCCAGGGGAUGUGGUCCGCUUCAGUCUACGGUGCCAUGUGCUCUCCCGACGGCCCUCGGGGGAGAGCACACAGAUGGCACUGGGGCUGCCGGAGACCUUAGUGCCCGAGUUUUCCCAGGAGGACCUCGACGCAUGGGUCAGCAUAUACUGAACUACCAACACCUGCCAAACAAUACUCUCUUCGUGUACGGACAGGAUUCUCAGAUGCAGCAGCAGCUGCAGAGCAAACUUUUGGGAGGAAAUGACGAGUGUGAGAUAAUGUAUGAAUCUUUAUCACCGUCCUACUGCCAAGCCCCGCCCUACUCAGCUGGUGCCUCGUCUCAUCUUGCACACUAUACCAUCACCACUCCUGCUACCCACUCGUCCUACCAGACGCCAGUAUUUACACAGCAGCAGCAGCAAAUACACCAGCAGAUGUCACCGUACUCGACACAACAAGGAACUUGAAGUGAUAGUUGAUUAUCGGUGAACACAGGAAUGGCGAGGUUACAGACGGACACCCGUGAUACAGGAAUCACCGGGUCAGCCAACAAAACAUUUGAUGUUGCUAACUGAGAGUAAUUUUUAAGGGCACCUUUCAUUGGUGUAGUGCCCAUAGCUGGUAUUUACAAGCUUGAACCAACAAUGCCAAAGACUGUGGUCCACGAUUGUUAUCUUAUGAUGGAGUGACGAUUUGGAUUUUUUUUUUUUUUUUGCCUUCUUGACGUAUAUAUUUGUUGCAUCUGUAGCCUAACCUAGUAGUGCUGCCCAUUUGCUCUAGAUACAUACAUAUAUAUUAAUACGGAUCUAUUUUAGAAGGAUCUAUUCUUAGGGCCUAUGAAAAUUUUAGUAUCUAUGAGGCUUUGGAAAUAUAUACAUAAGCUAUAACAACUUGCCAAAAUAUCGAAAUUAUUAGGCACACAAAAGUAAGUUUAAAAGUUUUUUUAUAGCAAUAAAUGCAUUGUAGACAUAUGGGGAAGUUAUGUUUUGAGGGACAAUGAUAUACAAAUCACUAUAAAUAUCUUCCAAACCUUCAUGCCGUCCUGCUUGCCAAUAAUUUGUAAAAAUAAACAUGUCGCAGAAAGACCCCUUUAUGAGUACGACAUUUCACCUCUAUGAGAUUUUAUCAAAUUCCACUUGAUAAUGACAUAGGUGAAAAAUGUCUCGUGUGGGAGAAAUGUCGCAUUAAGGUCUCCCUUUGUUGUAUGAGUCGUUACCACUUGUAGGCUACGUCAUAAUUCAACUACCAGAGAGUAAUUGAAGGUAGAUGGACACCUGUCAUUAAGAGUCAAAAUCUGGCCUAUGGUCCGUCACCCUUCAAGUAGUGACCAAUGAUUUGGACCUAAAUUGGGAACAGGAAACAAUGGACCACAAUGUUUCUGAGCGGAAUUUGAGAAUGUUAUGAUUUAAUUUUAGUGUUUUAGCAAUUUCCUUCUUGAUAUUUAGUGCUGCAGCACUGCUUCAUAUAUAUUUAAAACGUCUAUUGUUGCUGAUACUAAAAUUAAUCACUUUCAUUAAUACUUUUUAAGGUUAUUCUCGAAAUCUGCUCAAAAUGUCGUAUGUGUUAAGCUUGUUUAAUUAUUGCAAUAUGUACAUAAAGUACAAAUCUGUUUAUGUAUGUUUACCACAAGUUUUAUGAGUGCAAAGUUAUUUAUUAUAAAUAUAUGUUAGAGUCGUGAUAGCGUUAGGGUACAGGUGUAUAGAUUGUCUGUCUGCUGCUCAAUUGUAAGCUAGCCUUGCCUCAUUACAUGCCUGUGUGUGCAGCUGUGUACAAAUGUACAUUUUUUUGCUACAUGUUGCAAGUUUUUGUCAAUGGGCUGUAAGUCUGAUUUGUGAUUUCCGUCUCUAAGAAUAAUGGUAUGGAUAUCAGAAUUUUUAUGGCUGACAUAAAAAUGAUUAUAAUGGGUUGAUAUGUAAUUCAUCAUUAAUGGACCGUCUAUCAUACUGAACAAUGACAGGAUCAUGUAUAGAAACGAACCGAUAAAUAUUCACUAUAUGUAGUAAUUCUAACACAAAAGAAAUGGCGUUUGAUAAUGCAAAUCACAUAAAAAUUAAAGCACUGAAGAAGGUCCUCACCAUGACACCGAAAUAGACAUUAAUAAUAUUCUCUUUUAAAAGACUCUUCGGGUAUUAUCCAAGAAUGUAGAGGAAUACAGAAAUAUAGAAUUAUUAUCACAAACAUGUAUAAAUCAAUGUAGGAUUUGUUGCAAUUUGACAGUGGUUAUUUGUUGAGGUGGUGAUCAUAGAUCAUUGAAAAUAUCCAGGAUUGAGUUGUUACCAGUAGUAAUAUGUCAAGUACUUGCGUGAAGGUAUAUUCACUCACAGGAUGAGUUGAACUGCCCAAGAAACUCUUCUCUCUGGGCAAAAGUCUAUGAAGUGUAUUCGUUUCUAUGCGAGUCAGUAUAUGCAAUGGGUUGCGGGUUCAAACCCCACCCAUGGUAUGGUUUGCAGUCGUGCCAUUACGAUUUCGUGAGUCAUGUCAGUGAUCACUAGUGCCGGUGAAGUAAUCUGCAGAGCAAGACUCUAACUGUGAUGGUAUAUUGCACAAUGUAGAGCUACCAUGGUGUGGCUCUAUACUAAGGGAACUGUUGACCACACAUGCGAGCACCAUUCAUUACUUAAACCAUGACUACGUACUUCUUAUCACUACUAUAUUCUCCAGUUUGCUCUUUUAGCGACGGUAAGAACAUAAGAAAGGAGGAACACUGUAGUAGGCCUACUGGCCCAUACCUGGCAGGUUCUUCUCAACUCCAAACCCACUAGCAAUUUGUUGUUUGCAAAAAAUAUGAUAAAUUGGUGGUCAGGCACGAACGUCAUAGGAAUCAUACAACACUCGGAGAAUAGAUGGUAAUCAGAUUUGAUCCUAGGGAAGGGAAGGUAACUGCAGUUCCUUGAAACAAGAGCCCCAUUGGGGUACACAGUCCACAUGAGGCGAGGCAGCUGUCACACUCAACAGUGCUUUCAUUAUAUUUAGUCACCCCUCGACUCAUGGUUGGUUGGUUAAUGGGGAGGUUUGAAGCCUAUCGACUACAUGAGGAUCAUUAGGCUGCAUGUAACCCAUUCACCACCAGUCAAGAAUACUCCCUGAAAUGGGGACUUAAUUAAACUCUCAGCGUAUAUACACUGAGAUAUACACCUCUCGGUGUAUAUAUCCUGUGAUCUCUACUCACUUAUGUGCCGCAAAUUGUCUAAGUGAUUUUUAGAUUAUUUUUUAUAAAUGUGGUGACAUGUAUGUGUAAAAAAUAAAGUAGGCUUUUGUGAUAAUUCAAUAAAACAAUGUAUGUGC